UACAUGUUGGACGAAGUGCGGAGGAGAAGGAAAAGUUCUACGACAGCGUGUAUGCAGUGAGAGCAGACAUUAGAGGGCGAUGUGUGAUGCUUGGUGAUUGGAACGGUCAUGUGGGAAGCGUAAGAAAAGGAUACUGUGCGCAUGGAGGUUUUGGAGUUGGUGAUAUGAAUGCUGAAGGCGAGGCGAUAUUGGAGUUAGCAGCAAGUUGUGGGAUGGUGGUAGUGAAUACGUGGUUUAUAAAGGAAGAAAACAAGCUUGUGACGUAUGAAUCUGGCGACAGUAGGACGGUGGUGGAUUAUAUACUGGUGAAUGAAGAAGAGAGGAAAAACGUAAAGGAUGCAAAAGUGAUUGCAGGAGAAGAAUGUCUGACCCAGCACAAGCUGCUGGUCAUGGACUGGAGAAUCAGGAAGGUGAAGAGGAGAAAGGUUGAGGGUAAAGGCAGGCUUAAGCUAUGGAAGUUACGAUCGAAUGAAGGGAAGCAGUGUUUCCGUGACGAAAUUGCGACAUUGAAUGUUGAGGGUGAGACGGUGGAGGAGCGAUGGACGUGCUGGAGAAGGUGUUUUAACGGCAGCGGAGAAGAAGUGAUUGGCGAGAAUAAGUUGGCAUUUAAAAGGUGGAGAAAGUCGCGGACUGAAGCAGAUAGGAUCGAUUACAUCCGGUUCAAGAAAAAGGCGCGAAAGGAGGUGGCUAAAGGCAUCAGAAAGAGCGUAAAAGAAUGGAAAAGAAAGGAAGAAGGAGGAACGAUGUUUGAGCGUAGAAUGAUGGAAGGAAGGAAAGAAGGAAUGGAAUGGAAUGGAAGGGAAGGAAAGGAUGGAUGA